AUGGCUGAAAAUCAAACCACCCUUCCCACAUCUCCUGAGAAAACCCUCGACUCCUCCGCUCCUAGUAAAACCCCUCCCAACAUUUCUCUUUCCACAAAUGUUGAAACUGAAGCACCUAAACCUGAUUCUCCUUCACCCUCUGUCUCUCUCACCACUUCCUCAGACCCUUCUCUUCCUCUAAGUGUUGAGAACUCAGAAACCCCCAAACUCGAUAGUCUAUUGUCUCUGUCGCCUGAGAUUUUCACAGAACAAAACAAAGAUGGAGAACAAAGUGAGACUCCACAGGCAGAAAAGGUUUCUGAGGGGGAAGAGACUCAGUCCUUAGUGGGAGAAGGAACUGUGGUGCUCUUUGAAAAUCCUUCACCAAAAGAAACUACUGGGACCCUUCUUGAAGGACCUGACCCCUCUCCUGAGGAAACAGGUCAAGGAUCUUCUUCCCAGGUCAGUUUCGACCUUGCUCCUUCUCCUCACUUUGAUGUUGAACCUUUGGAAAUUUUGGCUCCUGCUAUGAGGUCCAGUGAUGAUGAAUAUCAGGAUAAUGUUUCUCUAGAUGCGCUCAUUGCUAGAAGGAGGCCAGUAGCCACUCAUGAUCCCUCUCCUAAGCGACCUACUACUAGGUUGCAGGCAAAUAAGGCUCUUGAGUCUGCCCUGUAG